AUGAUGGAUCGCUUAUUUCGCCCGGAGCGAUUUGAUAUCGAUUCUCAUUCUUUAUCCGCUUCCAAACAGUGUAUUCACUGGCAUGAAACAUUCUGCAACUUCAUAUCUACUGUCGAUCUACCCAACAUAGAAGAGAAACAGUUGAUGGUGAAUUUCUUAUCGCCUUCCGUUUACCAACACAUAAUCGAUUGUCCCGAUUAUGAAGAUGCUAUCAAAACCCUCGAGGGGCUGUACGUUAAACCAAAGAAUGAAGUGUUUACACGAUAUCUACUGGCAACAGCAAAACAAGAACAAGGACAGACGAUUGAUAAGUUUACACAGAAACUCAGAGUUCUCGCAAGGGAUUGUAACUUCGUCGCGGUUUCCGCCGAGAAACGUCGCGAUGAAGCUAUCCGUGGUGCUUUCAUUACGGGGCUGCUUUCCAACGACAUCCACCAGCGGCUUCUUGAAAAGCAAACCCUAAGUCUACAGUGUGCUUUUAACGAGGCUCGUACUGUGGAGAAUGCACGGCAGCAGCCGCCCACUUACGAUUCGGUCUUACAUGUACCCCGCAGUUCCAUGCCUAACCAGACAGAUUCCACCAUUUCAAUGCAACGCCCAGGAGUUUCUGGUUCACAACCAAAGAUCAAAGACCUAGUUGCAAUGGUUUCCGCUAAAUGCUUUUUCUGCGGAAAUUAUUGA